AAAAAGUUGUCACUCACUCACUCACUCAAUGAAUACUCAUACUCUACUCUACUCCUUUGCAAUAAUUAAUUCAUAAUAAUAAUCCUCCCCAAAAAAACACACACAUCUAUCCUUACACGAUAACCCAGUUGCCAGUUGGUUGGGUCUGAAACUUUACUCGGAUCCCACUUUCUCAAUUCUCACUCCUCUUCUUCUAAGUUCAAAGUUCUUCCUCUUCUUUACUCCGCCAAACAACAGCUCAAAUUUCUCGGAUGGGGAGUGAAGGAGUGAAAGAAUCCUGGUUUAGUAGCUUGUGGGGGACCUCACGAAGAAAUGGAUCACAUUCUGAGAAAGCUGUACUGGGCAUUGUAGCAUUUGAGGUGGCGACUUUGAUGUCCAAGGUUAUUAGCUUGUGGAAUUGUUUGAGUGAUAUUCAGAUGGCACGGUUAAGGGAAGAUGUUGUUAACUCGCCUGGGAUUGUAAAACUUGUAUCGGAUGAUGAAAAUUAUCUCAUGAACCUGGCUUUUGCGGAAAUAGUUGAGAAUUUGUGGUAUGCCGCACACUCUGUCACUAGCUUAGGCAAGAAGUGCUCUAAUCCUGUAUAUCAUCGUUUGGACCAAAUUUUUAGCAGACCUUUGGAGAACUCUCUUGAAUCAUACGGAUGGGAGUAUAGAUGGAAGAAGAUGGAGAAGAAAAUUAAGAAAAUGGAGAGAUUCGUUGGUGCUACUUCACAAUUGCAUCAAGAGAUGGAAGUUUUGGUAGAGCUUGAACAAACACUGAGGAGAAUGCAGUGUAAUCCAGAAACGAAUAGAGUGAAAUUGCUUGAAUUUCAGCAGAAGGUCAUUUGGCAACGCCAGGAGGUUAAAAACUUGCGACAAAUGUCACCAUGGUCCAGGACACAUGACUACAUUGUGAAAUUUCUGUCAAGGUGUCUAGUUACAGUAAUCGAAAGGCUCAGAAUUCUGCUUGGAAUUAAUCAAGUUAUAUUUUUGGACAGAAAUAAUAUGUCUGGGCAUCCGUCUACAGCUGGAACUCUUCCUAGAAGUCGCUCAUUUGUACAAUCAUCUGUUUAUCCCUCAGAAAAUCAUGCCUCUAUAUUUUAUUCAGGACCUUUGGUUAGGUCAAGCUCUUUAUUGGGAUUGCCCACUAGAAGUAAGAGAGCCAGUAAAAAGCAACAGAGACAGGCUCCGCAGCAUGUAAAUAGCCAACACAGAAAAUUUUCUUUUCUAAACACAAAACGAUUUUCUCAAUCAGGACCUUUUAAAGGAUGCAUGAUUGGUGCAAGCGAUUCUCCAGUAGUUAAGAGUUGUAUGCCGACAAGUAGUGGGCCCUCAAGUUCCGCUUCUGCAGCUAUUGUAUUGAGUGAGGUGGACGGAAAUGUAAAUAAAUUGGAUCCUUCUCUUUGUGAUAACACAAUUCCUUCAAGCGACUCUGUUUUGCUUUCACAAUGUAUACUAUCAAAUACUCCUCCAUCUUCUCUGGGAAGUGCUGCCUUAAGUCUCCAUUACGCAAACAUUAUCAUAUUAAUAGAGAAGCUUGCUUCAUCACCUCAUCUGAUCGCCUGUGAUGCAAGAGAUGAUCUCUACAGUAUGUUAACAACAAGCAUAAGAAGCAUGUUAAGGGGAAGAUUAAAACUAUACACUAAAUCCUUGGCGUCCUCAACCUAUGAUUCGGCCCUUGCUACUGAAUGGAGCCUGGCCAUAGCUAGAAUGUUGGAAUGGCUUUCUCCGCUUGCACAUAACACGGUUAGAUGGCAUUCUGAAAGGAAUUAUGAGAAACAUCAUGUUGUUCCUCGGGGGAGUGUUCUUCUAGUGCAGACCCUGUAUUUUGCAAAUCAAUCAAAGACUGAAGCUGCAAUUAUAGAGCUUUUGUUGGGUUUGAACUACCUGUAUAGAUACGGCAAAGAAGUGAACGAGAAGGCUUUCUUGGAAGCGAGUAAUAGCUGUCUUUAUGGUGAAUACUCUAUUCAGACAGAUACUAUUGCUUGCAAUGGUUGAUCUGUUAGUGGAGCAGACAUUUCUUGGUUUCUGUGAUGCUAAAUGGUAUAGCUAAGAGCUUAGCCCAGAUCGCUAGUUGUUUGGAAGCCUCAUAUUGGAUGCAUGAAUGGCCUUGGUGGAUUUGCUUGUAUGAAGAAGACUUUGUUUCACAUAGUGAGGAAUCCAUUUGAGAUAUCAGAUGAGUUAACCAUCUUUUACACACUAGCUUAUUGCUUAAAUAUUCUCUCUUCCCCCCCCCCCCACCCCCCGCGCCCGAUCCAUAGCCACCAUAUAUUUCAGUCUCAUCAUAAACUUAUUGUAAAGCGUAGUUUAUAUUUUUAUCACAAGAGUGAAGAGAUGUGCGAUGUAAAACUGCAGUAUUUGUAUGAUACCUGAGAAAAUUGGGCGUGUUCAUAUGAUUAUUUGAAGAAAAUCAACUGUCACCGAUAUAUCUUACUGCCU